AUGGGUGGUUGUUGUUUCUCUACGCCUCUUGAGAAUGAACAGCCAAACGAUGUAUUCGGUGAUUGGCCUUUCAGAGAGUUCUUACUCUCUGAUCUCACGUCUGCGACCAAGAACUUCAGUUCCGACGAGAUCAUAUCAGAGAACGCAGAGGAAUCUUCUAAUGUCGUCUACAAGGGUCUUUUAGCAGAGGAUCUUGGCUUCGUCGCUGUCAAGAGAUUCAAGAAUUCGGAUUGGCCUGACCAUGAAGAAUUUGCGGAAGACGCAAAAGCACUUGGGGAGCUAAAGCACAAGAGACUCGUCAAGUUGUUCGGAUAUUUCUGCGAUGAAGAUGAAAGGCUUCUUGUUUCAGAGUUCAUGCCCAAUGAUACUCUUGCUAAGCGUUUGUUCCAUCAGAAAAAUAAAGCCAUGGAGUGGUCAAUGAGGUUGCGAGUGGCGUAUCAUAUAGCCGAAGCAUUGGAAUAUUGCAAUAGUGAAGGUUUUGCAUCAUACAGUAACUUAAGUGCAUACUCGGUUCUGUUUGCUAAGAAUGGUGAUGCCUGUCUUUCCAGUUUCGGCUUGAUAAAAGCAAUAAAGUAUGAUCGAAGUCAAAGAACAAGAGGAAUCGUGAGCCCUAAAAGUGUGACAUAUAGAUUUGGUACUAUCCUUGUGAAUCUGCUAACUGGAAAGCAAACUCCUCCAAGCAAUGUUCCUGAGAUGAUAAACGGAAAGGAUGUAACUGAGCUGAUUGAUCCAAAUCUGAAGGGAAAGUUCUCUACAGAAGAAGCUGUCGUAGUUUUGAAACUCGCCUCUGAAUGUUUUCAGUGCGAGGCUAGAAAGAGUCUCAUCACAAAAGAGCUUGUUGCAACACUGAAAGCCUUGAAAUCUAAAACACAAAUUCCAUACAUUCAAAUGCUUGAACUGGCAAAGCCGCAGGAGGUGGGAGUAGCAUAUGUUGAACACUUGCAAGAAAUGCCAAUUUUUUCUGAAAUAGCAAAGCAGAACGAGGAGACUACAUCAUCUUCUAGUCAACAGCAACAACAUCAACACUGA